GCUACGUCGCGCAUACCUAGUCCUUUACCUAGGCGCGUAUAUUGUGGAACUAAUUGCGAACUACUUCUAGAUGCAUCGGAAGCUAAGGGAGGCUAGAGAUCGAUCCGUCACACGGUCUAGACAAUGAAAACGAGUAUAUAUUCAAUGGGAAAGUCGGCCGUUGAGGGUCACCGUUUCUCUCAGAUCCAUCUCCAACUCCGAAGGACAUCGGCACAUUUUUGUAUAAUCACCUAUCCCCGAUCAACUACUGCAACAUGGCCCAGUCAUCGCGCCUCUUCCAGCCGCUAAAAGUCGGCAAUGCGACCCUCCAGCAUCGCCUGGUCAUGGCACCAUUGACCCGGUAUCGCUCAGACGAAAAUGGUGUGCCUCUACCUUUUGUGAAAGAAUAUUAUGGACAACGUGCUUCUGUCCCGGGAACACUCCUCAUCACCGAAGCAACUUAUGCCUCAAAACGGGGAGCAGGCUAUCUCUAUACCCCAGGGAUUUGGUCCAAAGAGCAAAUAGCAGGGUGGAAGGAGGUGACAGAUGCUGUCCACGCCAAAGGCUCCUACAUCUUCGUGCAGCUCUGGGCGUUGGGACGUGUUGCGACACCGGAGACCAUAAAAUCACUGGGCUUUGACCUAGUGUCCGCGAGCAAUAUACCAUCUGAGGAGGGCAAACCGGUGCCUAGGGAGUUGACGGUUGAUGAAAUACAAUCUUUCGUGGCCGAUUUCGCUCAGGCGGCACGAAACGCGGUCGAAGCUGGUUUCGACGGUGUCGAGAUUCAUGGUGCAAACGGAUACUUAAUCGAUCAAUUCAUUCAGGAUGUAUCCAACAAGCGGAACGACCAAUAUGGCGGCAGUAUCGAGAAUCGUGCACGAUUCGCGCUCGAGAUUGCUAACGCUGUCACUGGUGCUAUUGGCUCAGAUAGAGUCGGAAUCCGCCUUUCUCCUUGGUCGCAAUUCCAGGGCAUGCGAAUGGCCGACCCAAUCCCGCAGUUCACAUAUCUGAUCAAGGAACUCUCCAAGGUUAAAUUAGCUUACCUCCAUGUCGUCCAAUCUCACGAUAUGUUGAGUUCGAACCCCGAAGCUAGCGCAGAUUUUAAGGCCUCCGAGCAGCUCUCAUUCGCAGUCAAGGCUUGGGAUAACACAUCCCCCGUAUUGAUUGCGGGUGGCUACGCGCCGGAUACAGCGAAGAAGCUGGUAGACGAAGUCUUUAAGGAUAAUGACGUCGCUGUGGUUUUCGGACGGUUCUUCAUUUCAACGCCAGACCUACCGUUCCGAAUAAAGAAAGGUCUGCCGUUGGCCAAGUACGAUCGCAGUACAUUCUAUGCUGCGGGAAGUACAAAGGGCUAUAUCGAUUACCCUUUCAGCGAGGAUUUUGCUCAAGCAGCUUAAGUUCUUGCUUGGAUGGCUAGGUAAUGUUCCCAUAUGGCGUUAGGUGCCUAGAAAGUGCUAUUCGCUAGAUAUUGCUUGUGUUUGUGUACUCUUUCAAUAUUGAAUAUUCAUGACGAUGGAGUCAAUAAUUGUGUUUUGAAGUACCAGGAGUUAUACUAUACAAAACGAACAUAAGCAUAAAUAUUCUACCUAUGUUAAAUUCACAUGGAAAUUAAAUAGAAUAGAUAAGCAUAGAAACGCAUCAAAUAUAGGUCUAAAAGAAUGUCGGGCGCCAACGAGCCACGGAUACGACGGGAGGAUUUUAUGUACAAUGUGUAUAGCGGGCGUGGCAAUGGCCACGUACAUCUAGCUUUAGAAAAUUAAAUAAUUAUCUAAAGGCAACCUAAAGGAAUAUAAAUACCGGUAGCCAAAUGGAACAUAGGAACUUCAAUUGGAAGAGGGUGUCCGUUUUUUUUUUUUUUUGGUGCGGAGCGAAGGAGGGGGGGAUUGCGCGAC